CACAGACAGACAGACAUAUAAGCCGGCCGCUCCCGGUGGGACCAACACAACUCGACAACCCGGCAACCAGCAACCAGAGUUGCCUGCAACCAUGAUCUGUGCCAUCCUCUUAGUCUGUGCUCUUCUGGAGGUCCAGGGGUACCCGUACCCGUAUUAUGGCAGCAACUUCGAUACACUGUCCUACGGCUCGAGUGACAGCAGCCGUGGUGGGAUGGUGCUGAGCCGCUACUACAACCCCUACUACAACCCCCGCGCCGUCGGCGGAGGCAUGGCCGCCUUCAUGUUCAAACCCGAGGAGCAGUACCAGCCCCAGUCCAGCCAGUACUAUGUACCCGACAGGAGGCGACAGACACCCCAGGAGGAGUACAUCCCGCAGCAGAACGAGGUAUACUACCCGCAGGUGUCUGAGCAGGUGCCAGAAAAACCGGUGGUCUUCGAACAGCCGGCUGCCCCCGAACAUCCAGUGACUCUAGCUACAGAUAUAGCUGAACCAACUGAGAAGAUCGAGGUUCAAACGACUACACUGAAAACAGCGGUUACACCUGAAAUCACUGAACCUGAAAUUGAAGAAGUCGAGAAACCCGCUUCCACACCCAGAAGACGCGUGACUAAGAAGAAGCAAGUCAAGAAUACCGAGGAGGAAGACCAGGAGGAGGGCGAGGAGUAUCCCCCAAGGAUGCCCGCUGGAGCAUACUUCCCCAUGUUCUUUGGUUGGGGAGGACGGUCCGGGAAUACUCCUCAAGGUGCCACCGCCAUAGCCAACGCCUUCAGCACCGGUCGAGGGGGGGUUGCUACGAGCCACGCCACCGCAUACGGACCGCCGCAACCCGAAAUUGAAGAAGUACCUUCUAGUGGGAGAUCAAAACUGCGACACUAGUUUUCGUAAAAAUUCAGCGCCAUCUAGCGUUUAAUUCGUGUACUACAAUAGCUUAUAGAUUAGCCGUGUACAAAAUAAUUCAUGAAAAUACUAAUAGAUGUCGCUAUAAUGUGUUAAUUACAAAAAAUAAAUUGCUCAGGUCAAGAAAAUAACCUUUAGGAGCAAAAACUGAUGAUUAUUCUAUGAUUAAGAGUAACGUUAUACAAAUUAUCAUAAUUAUUGUUUUGUUUGUGCUU